UCGUAUCACAGAUGCAAACACGCAUAAUUAAAUGAGUGGCGGUGUCAUAUGCAGCGAUGCUCCGCGUGCGUUAAUUCAACGGGUGUCGACAAGAGCUGCACGCCUGCUUUGUAACAUAUUGCAUUCGGCAUUUAUCUUUUAUUCCUUUUAUUUCCUGCUGUUCAUUGGAGGCUUUUUGUUCAUCAGGAUUCAUCUCUAGGAUAUCAACCAGUCAUCGUACUGUUGCAAAACACUGUAAGGCUUGUACAGAAAAGGAGGUUAGCAUACAGGGAUCAUCAGCAAGACAAUGAAUGAAGGAGCCAGUGGGCGGCCCCGGGGCCAGCAGAAGUUCUGCAGUCUGGAUGUGGAUGAUGAGAAACACAUGAGUUCGUGUAGUGUGGACGUUAAAGAAAACUGCAACCUGGACAACCUCUCCUCCAAGGAAGCGCUGGGGGAGGGCCCUCACGUAGCCAAUGGAAACACUCGAGGAUUGAGCAGGAAACGCCCUCUGGAAGAGGGCAACAAAGGCCACGGGCACUCCAAAUUCCGGCCUAAGAAGCGUAGGAAACCGCAAGGGCCGGUCUUGCCAAAAAAUGCUCUCAUGCAACUCAAUGAAAUUAAACCAGGACUACAGUAUAAACUUCUGUCACAGACUGGGCCGGUACAUGCACCCGUGUUCGUUAUGACCGUCGAGGUUAACGGACAAUUCUUUGAAGGCUCAGGCCCAACAAAGAAGAAAGCCAAACUGAAUGCGGCUGAAAGAGCGCUGCGCUCUUUCGUUCAGUUUCCAAAUGCAUCCGAAGCUCAUCUCGCAAUGGGUCGCACACUGACAGUUAACGCAGACUUCACCUCAGAUCAAGCUGAUUUCCCUGACAUGCUAUUUAACGGAUUUGAAACACCCGCACCGCCUGAUGAACCCUUCUACCUGAGUCUUGGCAGCAAUGGGUCUCUAUGCUCUCUAAAUGAAUACCCUCUCGCUGUGACUCUGAAAAACAACAUCAGGUCACAUCCUCCUCUCCCACUACCCCCUGCACUCAUAAUGCCCCCUACAGGCAGUGGCAAAAAUGCUGUGAUGAUCCUAAAUGAGCUUCGGCCAGGAUUGAAGUACGAGUUUGUGGCUGAGAGUGGUGAAAGCCAUGCCAAGAACUUCAUAAUGGCAGUUACUGUGGAUACGCAGAUGUUCCAAGGUUCCGGACGGAAUAAAAAAUUGGCGAAAUCAAGGGCAGCCCAAGCAGCAUUGUCAGGUCUCUUUAACAUGCAACUGGAUCAGACUCCAUCUCGACAGCCAAUCCCCAGAGAGGGACUUCAGCUACACCUGCCUCAGGUCCUCGCAGAUGCUGUCUCUUGUUUAGUUGUGGAAAAGUUCAGCGAGCUGACAGACAACUUCACGUCUCCACAUGCACGGCGGAAAGUCCUUGCAGGUGUUGUAAUGACAACCGGUACGAAUGUGAAGGAUGCUCAGGUGAUUUGUGUCACCACGGGAACCAAGUGUAUAAACGGAGAGUACAUGAGUGAUCGAGGACUAGCUCUUAACGACUGCCAUGCUGAGAUCAUCGCACGGCGUUCCCUCCUCAGAUACCUGUACAGUCAGCUGGAAUACUUCCUCAGCGACAGCUCUGAAGAACAUGAGAAAUCCAUAUUCAGAUGGUGCAGUGAACAUGGCUACCGGCUAAAAGAUGAUAUUCAGUUCCAUCUGUAUAUCAGCACGUCGCCCUGUGGAGACGCCCGGAUUUUCUCCCCUCAUGAGGCUGGUGCCGAGGACCAGGGCGACCGGCAUCCAAACCGCAAGGCACGCGGACAACUGCGAACCAAAAUUGAGUCUGGAGAAGGUACGAUACCCGUUCGUACGAGUAACACCAUUCAGACCUGGGAUGGAGUCUUGCAAGGAGAGCGACUGCUAACCAUGUCAUGUAGUGACAAGAUUGCAAGAUGGAACGUGAUUGGAGUGCAGGGGUCUCUUUUGAGUUACUUUACAGAACCCAUCUAUUUCUCCAGUUUAAUUCUGGGAAGUCUGUACCACGCCGACCAUCUUUCCAGAGCCAUGUAUCAGCGCAUUGCCGAUAUGGACGAUCUGCCCCAGCCGUUCAUUCUUAACAAGCCCCUUCUUAGUGGUAUUAGUAACACAGAAGCAAGGCAACCUGGGAAAGCUCCCAACUUCAGCGUCAACUGGACGGUCGGAGAUCAGGGGUUGGAGAUCAUUAAUGCCACCACGGGGAAAGAUGACCUUGGAAGACAGUCUCACCUCUGCAAACAUGCUCUCUACAGUCGCUGGGUCUGUCUACAUGCAAAGCUCAGUGAGACUCUGCGGAUCCGAGGAUCUUGUCCGGGCUCCUACCACGAGGCAAAACAAGCGGCAGUGGAGUAUCAUGCAGCUAAACAAACUCUCUUCAAAGCUUUCAGCAAAGCGGGACUGGGAGCGUGGGUUGAAAAGCCCAUUGAACAAGACCAGUUUUCCCUCACCCCUUAGGAGAAAUCGAGAGAAAGGGAUUGUCUGCAAAAGAUCUUUUGUACAUUUACAUGGACUGCAAGGUUUUAAUCUAACCUCCGCAGUUGUCACUUUUUUGCUUCUGUUAUUAUUGCAAGUCACUCAGUAUCUUUUAUCUAUAAAAACAUGGUUAUGUUCAUAAUGGCUGGCUUAAAAAGAACCCAACUGGAAACUAGGUAAAAGGUGGACAACACCUAUUGACUAUAAUGCUGGCUUGAUUUUACCUCCGUAAUGUAGUAAUGAUUUUAACCUGUUAACUGCCUUUUUGAGCAUAGAUCUGAACAUAAAUGGUUGUAAUUCAUGAAUGCUUUUGAAUACAGACCUAAGGUUGGUCUCUUUUUAAAAAGACACUCAGCAGAUUAUUGCAGAAGUGAAAGCAGCUUCAAAAAAUGAAAGUGUAAAAAAGUUAUAGAAGUUUAAGUUUACUUUAAUGUACUGAACUAAACAUUUUUUAUUUUAUACAAAAUAAUGUUUUACAAAUCAAUUUUUUGGACUGCAAAAUUGCUAGAAAAUCAAAGCCACAAAGUCAAGUUGUGUUCCAAAUUUGAAGUUAAUAUCACAAAAGUUUAGGUUUUUAAGUACCAUUUCUAUUGUAAUGUAGUAUCCAAUUUCAAAACAGUUUUCACAUGACGAAUUUUGAAUGCUUAAAGGUAGGGUAGGCAAUUUUUAUAAACACUUUUUGUCAUACUCUCUUCACAUCCUGAUGGCAAACAAUAAUAGAAGUGGUCUAAAUAUUAAAACGUACAUAUAUCUUCUGUGGAAGUCUCAGGUCCAAAAAAUGUUCGUCCAAUCAUUGCAUUUGCUCUGAAUGCAAUAAUACAAAUCAGCACGUUCCACGAGGCUAUACAGAGUUGUAGACAGUCACUGAGCACCACAAACAGUAGCCGGCUUUUACAGUUCCUCCUGAACCAAAACAAAACUUAUGCUGCGUUCACACCAUGUCAUAACUGUAAUUACGAGAUGGCAAUCCGUGACGUUCUGCCCGGAGCUGUUCACGUCCUCAGACUCGGAUUUAUACGUUUCUAUGUCAACACUAUCUAACAUAAGAUAGCUAAGUAAUGGCUCUGUAAGUUGUUUACAGACAUUAUUAUUGUAAUGUUAUGUGCUUUGAAACAUGAGGUAACACCUUCUCUUGAGACGCUUUGCAGACUCUGCUGUGUGCGUUCAUGUGUUUUGGAGGAGGCGUGGCUUUGGAGAUGCUCUGAAGGGAGGGUGGAAUCUCAUGCUUUCAAAGCUAGUCUGCUGUUGCUAGCCUCUCUAUAAUUGCCUACCCUACCUUUUAAGCUUUAGAAUGAUACCUAAUUUAUGAUUACUAAAAUAUGUGAUAGGAAAAAAAGGUAAAAAAUGUGAUAAGGAAAAAAAGGCAAAAAAAUUAAGUGCACCAAGUUAAAAGUGCAAGCGUGUGACAGUUAACAGGCUAAACUUAUACAGUUAUAUGAUUAUGUUUUUGUUUUAUAUAUUUUAUUUGUGUUCUUACUCUGCAGCAUUAAAAUAAGUUAGCUGCUUCAAAGCAUGAAACCAUAUAAUAUGAGACUAUGUAUGUUUUUCUGUCUCACAAACCUCAAAGGAGGUUCCAAACAGAAAGUUUUCUUUAAGCACAAGAGACACACUGAUCAAUAUUAUGGUUGCUAUAACCCAGCAGCUUGGUUGAACAAAAAUCCCCAACAUUGUGAACAUUGCGCAAUUCAAUAUGUAUGUACCGAUAUUGGAUAAAUAAGAACAUCUUCUGAUACCUAUAGUUAUCAGAAGACCCUGAUAAACAGUAUAUAACUCAGAAUACAAAAAUGAAUAAUUUUAUUCUCUAUACAGCAUCUUUUCCACAUUUAACUAACUUAAGGUGCUUUAUGAAAUGUCAAACUGCGAUUGAUGCUAGUAAUUACCAAGCUAGAGAUGUUUUGCAACUGUCCACUUCCAUUUUGAUUGAUAGACAUCAAUUUGAUUGAUUGACAUCAAUUGGCUGUAUAAAUAAUUAGCUGAUGUUUAAUAACUUGGAUAAUUAAAUAUAUUGGCCAAUAUAUGAUUGACCAGUCCAUGCAGCUAAAAAUAAUAUAACAAAAUGACUCAACAGGCUUAACUCAGCAUAUAGGUAAAAUCUGUGCUGAACACAUAUUUUUAUUUUAUUUUAUUUGUAAAUGUAUUUCUAUUGGUAUGUUGUUGUUGUUGUUGUUGUUGUUGUUUUUGUCUACAACUAUGUUUGCUUUAUUGUAAAAUUAAAUUUUGAUUUUGGCACCUAAUUUCUCAUUUAAUGUUAAGAAUGCAAUGCCACGUUAAUCAGAUUGCAGAUGGGGAAGAUUUGUUUCUUUUUUAAAGAAGUGGUACAGGGAUUUGGUUAUCAGAUGUUUUUUAAUGAUUGUAAUUAUGUAAAUACUAAAUUACAAUGUUAUAGAUUCCAGAAAUCCGCUUUGGAUUUCAUAUUGAUUAUUUUAGUCUUGCCCCAAACGUGUUCUUGUUUGCAUGCGUCAGUGAAUUACACAAGACCGCAGGGUGUCCAUAUGUUAUUUUUUUAAUUCAUAAAGGGGUUUUUUUGUAGCCGCAGUGCACACUUUUGCAAAGCACUGGUGUGAACUGGUGUCACAACAGGUUUGUUCUACCCAACAGUCUAUGCUGCAUUGCAUCACCUAAGUGUGGACUUCUCAGAAGACUGAGAGCAACAUUUGGGACUGGGACUUUAUUGUUUUAAUUGGGAUUUUUUGUCUUUGCUCAACAGGAGAUCUAGAAUCAUUGUAAACUCUAGAACUCAACCUAGUUAUGUCGAUACGUGAACUUGUCCUGGAAAAUUCCCAUGAUGCCACUGUGUUGUGCAAUUCAGGAUACUCUUUGUUGUCCAACAUGGAUCCGGUUUGAACUGGUUCAGAAGUGCUGCACCCAAGCAGACUUAAACGCUGCAUGAGUUUUCACAUGAGAAGAAAAGAUUAAAAGGACAGGAUGUACUGUAUGAAAUUAAAACCAUUACAAUCUU